AUGAAAUUUAUAUCUCUUAUUUUAAUUGUACUAAUUGCCUCCAACUCUGUCAAUGCUGCUAGUAGCUAAAAUAAUCUUAGUUCUUGCAUUUUAAGCAUAAACAGCCCUUGUACUGCUUCAGUUGUUUCCUCUGAUCCUCAAUGUUCCGCUAAUUUAGCUUACUAUGGAGUAUGUAUCGGAGCAUGCGGAGUUACUGAUAGUAUUUCUGACUAUUAGAAUUGUACUUCUUCAUGUAGUAGUAGUGAUCCUAAUUUGUCAAGCUAUGUUUAAUCUGUUUAAACAUGUAUCAGUAAAGCAUCUGGUUCACAUUUAAUAAUAUCAGUUAUUAUAUUAAUUUCUAUUUUUAUUUUAUAUUGA